AUGGUGUGCACCGCUGUCGCGACGCCAUUGCGUGAGCUUCGGGAAGAGCGGUGGAAGGCGGUCGCAAAGGCUGGUGUUGCAAAGGCUGGGCCGCUGGUGGCCCCAGCUUUUGACGCGACCAAGACCAGCGAGCGGCGGACAGAACUACAUGAGAUUAACGAGGACGGCUCCGGCGGCGAAUUCAACGCCGACGUGUCACGAAUGCGGAGGGCAGCCCUGCGGCUGAUCGCGGCCAUGAGGCUCGGGGGGGAGGACUUUGAUGUGGAGCGGGCCCGGCGCAUCCUCUUGAGCGUGCACCUCCGGGACGAGCUCUUGCGCCACCUGCCUGCCCCGCUCUCUAUCCGCGAGUGGACGCGAAUCUUCACGACCGAGGACGACGGCGCCCUAUCCAACGCGUACCGAAUGUGCCAGCAGCGGCCUGGGCCGACCAUCCUCCUCGUGAUGGACUCCAAAGGCUACACCUUCGGCGCGUUCCUCUCACAGCCUCUGCAGGUCCAGGCGCGCCUCGCCUACUUCGGCACGGACGACGCUGUGCAGCCCCUUCGCUCGGCUGCAUGUGAGCUCCCUGAGGCCUGUCCGGGCCAAACUAUAGGGACGGGCGAGACCUUCCUCUUUCGCGCGUACCCGACAGUCGAGGUGUACCGCUGGUCGAGAGUCAACAGCCACUACAUCAUGGCGGCGCGCGACUCACUCGGCCUGGGAGGUGGAGGCAUGUUUGGGCUCUGGCUGGACACGAAUCUGGCAUACGGAUCGAGCAACACCAGCUCUACCUUUGGCAAUCCGUGCCUCGCCUCGUCCGAAGAUUUUGAGAUUGUUGCCGUCGAGAUCUGGGGGUUUGUAUGA